UUCUAAUUUUUCGUUUGUUUCACUAAAAUUUGGUGCAUUUUUAUUAACGGGUGUUCUUGGCCAUGCGUAUGCGUUCGAAUUUGACUUGGAUGUGUUAGAAUCGAGCAGUAAAACGAGAUGGACUGCGUCACUGCUUUUGUGUGAGGGAAGCCUUACGAAAAAGUCUUUUGCAUUUGUAAGGCAUUAGAGGAGGAGUAAGGGAAAAUGAGUUCUGUGCGACACGAUAAACUGAAAAAUUAAAUACGAACGGGCAAAUUGAGCUUUCACAUAAAUUACAUUUUCUAUAAAUUCCCUCUUAAUAUAAUUAUUACUGAUAGUCGAGUAAAACGAGUGGUGAUGUCCGAUCAGCUUUCGCUGCGCAGCUUAUAUUUUUUUCUCUUAUUAAUCGGGAUACUAAAGCAUCUAACCAACAAUAUAAAGGACCAUUCUCUUUUCAAUGUAAUAAAAACAAAUUCAUAAUUAUUUUUUAUUGUGCGUCUUUUCGUUUAUUUUCGCGUCAUCAAUCAACGGCCAUCCGAUCAUGGAUACGCGUAGAAUGUCGAAUUGGAAUGUACUAAGUGUGGAAGCAGCUCUACAACAGCUAAAUGGACCACAAGACGGAAUGGAAAUUGAAAAAAUUAUUCGAAAAUCAAAUACGACGAUAGAGAAAUUGCCGGACAAAGUGAUUCUAAAUGUAUUCAGUUAUCUUUCGCACCGAGAAAUAUGCCGAAUGGCGAGGGUCUGUAAACGAUGGCGUCAGAUAGCUUAUGACACAAAAUUGUGGUCGCAUGUUUCUCUGAGACCGGAAAUCAGUGGCCUUCACGUUGGAUCUCUCGAAAAUCUUCUACAAUUAGUUAGCGCUCGAUUUGGGCCAUCUUUGCGCUACAUCGAAUUGCCAAUAGAAUUAAUUACACACACGGUACUUCAUGAACUGUCGAACAAAUGUCCGAAUUUGACGCAUAUGCUUCUUGACUUCUCGACGGCUAUGCAGCUGCACGACUUUUCGGAGAUGCAAGCUUUCCCCACAAAACUUAAGUACAUGUGCAUAUGUUUAUCCGAAGUCAUCUUCAUGGAAGGUUUCAUGCGAAAAAUUUAUAACUUUAUUAACGGCCUCGAGAUUCUCCAUCUCAUAGGAACUUACGAGAAGGUCGAGGAGGAGGAGGAAGAAAUCUACGAGGUGAUAAAUGUUCACAAAUUAAAGUCUGCCACGCCAAAUUUAAGGGUAAUCAACUUAUAUGGGAUCAAUUUUGUCGAUGAUUCGCAUAUUGAUGCCUUUUCGUCAAACUGCAUACAGCUUGAGUGUUUAGCUGUGAACUUUUGUGCCAAAGUGACAGGAUCGACCAUGAAAACAUUAUUUCAACGAAGUCGAAGACUUCGAUGUCUACUUAUGCAGGGCACGAACCUUCAGAGCGAAUACGUGAUGCAGGUCGAAUGGGAGAAGUCUAGUAUUCAGGAGCUUGACGUGACAGCAACGGAUCUCACGACCGAGUGCCUGAUCGAUAUGCUCAGUAGAAUACCUGGACUGCGCUUCCUUAGCGCGGGCCAACUCAAUGGGUUUAACGAUAGCGUCCUUAAGGCUUGGAUGGAAAUGGGCAACCCACGGAGUCUUAUUGCCCUCGACCUUGACAGUUCUGAUAAUCUUACCGACGAUGCCUUGCAUAAGUUUUUGUCGCGGCACGGUCAUCAGCUCUGGGGAAUUUCACUCUCGGGGAUGCCACACAUCACUGAUCAACUUUGGCAGAGUGUAUUGCCUAUUCUAACUAAUUCAAAAAUUGUAGUUAUGGGAACGCACGAGAGACUCGGAGUAAAUAUCCACGUCGAUCAAUUAAUGGACGGGAUAGCAAACAAUUGUCCGAACUUGGAACGAUUGGAAUUACGAUGGGAUCCAGAGAAUUUGAGAUUCUCCGACAAAAGCCAAAAAGCUAUAGAUAUUUUAAGAGUUAAAUGCAUUAAACUCAGGUGUUUAACGCUCAGCGAUGGGAGAUAUUAUGAGAUUGUAAAGGCAAACUUUGAAAGAGCUGACAGAACAACCGUUGUACGAACAACCACUUGUUGUCGGGUUUCCAAUUACUAUUUGCUUCAUAAUUAUAAGGAUUUAGUUUUCAAUUGAUGAUCGUUUGUAUUAACAAUGAAAACUGGACACCACAUUUCAAUUAAAAUAUUUU